GCUGCUGAUAGCGGGUUGACUCUCGUGUACAUAGCCGGCAGCCAGUACAAUUAUUGCACUCGACUGAACCGGUCUGUCCUGACACACUCACGUGGAGCAACUGGUGAAGUUAGAUCAGUAGUAAUUAAAACAGAACGCUCCCACUCAACAACUACGCAAUGGAACACUACUUGCGGUUCUAUAUCAAGUUUCACAGUUAUGUCAUUGCGGUGGCAACAAUUUUAGGUUCCAUUUUCAUGGCUGUUGUUCUGUACCAAUCGACGGAGUUUCACUAUCCUCUAGAGGAGUUUUACGAUUACCGAUUCAUGGGUAGUGGCGGCCUUGUGUUCGGUGUAAUUUGGCUCGCUGUAGGAGUAUCACUAUUCUACGGGAUUUUCAAGGAAGUAAAGCAAUUUGUGUAUCCUUUCGUGGUAAUGUUCAUGAUUGAACUGUUCCUGCUGGUGCUAAGGGACGUCAUCAUGAUCUGGCACAACAAAAGGUGGUACAAUAUGGUUUUCGUGAACCCGAUUGUUGUGAUCAUUGCUCUCUACAUCACCCUACAUGUGAUGAUGACCUUGGUAGCCAUGGGAAAGCUAAUCGAACAUGAUCCGGUGGCUCAGCCGGGGACGAAUUUUGUGCGUUUCAAUACCGACUCUGAUGGGCAAGAUCGGCGGCAGCAUUUGGGUGGCGAUGAGGAAGCACUUGUUGACGAUUGAGUGCAAGUUAUUGAGUUUCUUUCAUGUGUAUACGAAGCCGCGGCAUCACCGAGUACGAGAUCGCGACUAAUGAUAGUGACUGCAUUUGUGAUUGUUGAUGAACUAAAAUAGCUUUGCAAAUAAUGUUUGGUUCAGUGUUUUGUGAUAUUGAAACAGGAAAUAAAAGCAUAACGCUGGAAUUACUAGAAAAACGUCCCAAACAUGAUAUUAUUAAAUCUGGAAAGUAUUGGAUUUGAGUGGCAUUGCCAGAAUAAUAAACAAUUGGAAUAUUCUAA